UUUUUUUCUCUCUUUCUUUCUGGCUCUAGAAUUUCCUCCUACUAGAAUUGGGCAUUUAAUGAGAAGAAGGAAAGACCGCAUUUGGACGAACGUAUCUAGUAGUUGAUCUCUCACCACAUAGUUCGCAAUCAGCGUAUCAAGAACAUGUCCACCAAAUCCGCCCCGCUCGCGCCGCAGCGCAAAAUUGAGAUGUUCUCAGGAACAUAUUUUGCCGCAUGCACACUCGGUGGUAUGACAGCUUGUGGGCCUACGCAUACUAUGGUGACUCCGCUUGAUCUGGUAAAAUGUCGUCGCCAGGUCGACGAUAAGAUCUACAAAUCCAACACACAAGCAUGGAAGAUGAUUUACCGCAAUGAGGGGAUCCGUGGAAUCUUCUUUGGUUGGACGCCUACCUUCAUUGGAUAUUCCUUUCAAGGAGCCGGGAAAUACGGUUUCUACGAGGUUUUCAAGUACCUUUAUGGCGACAAAUUGGCUCCUGGCGCGAACAAGACCCUUGUUUAUCUUGCUGCUUCAGCCUCUGCAGAGUUCCUGGCAGACAUUGCACUUUGUCCUUUGGAGGCGAUCAAGGUCCGUAUGCAGACUACAUUACCACCAUUUGCAAACACUUUACGGGAGGGAUGGUCCAAGGUCGUUGCGGAAGAAGGUGUCGCGGGCUUGUACAAGGGGUUGUAUCCACUAUGGGGACGUCAAAUUCCAUAUACCAUGGUUAAGUUUGCGACAUUCGAAAAGGCGGUGGAGCAGAUCUACAAGACCCUAGGCAAGCCAAAGGAGUCUUAUAAUGGCCUACAACAGACUGGAGUGUCCUUCUUGGGAGGCUACAUUGCUGGUAUCGGGUGCGCCAUUGUGUCGCAUCCAGCUGACGUCAUGGUCUCGAAAUUGAACAGCGAUCGCAAGGCUGGCGAGGGUGCCGGGCAAGCAAUGUCCAGAAUCUACAGCAAGAUUGGCUUCGCAGGGCUGUGGAAUGGUUUACCUGUGCGAAUCUUUAUGAUUGGCACACUCACGGCAUUCCAAUGGCUUAUCUACGACUCAUUCAAAGUGAACCUCGGUCUUCCCACAACAGGCGGGCAUUGAAAUGUCGGCUAUCCCGGCGAAUAUUCCCUUCGAAGAAAAGCGCAAGAAACCAUAGCGCUCUGGUUCUGCAUCAGGCAUGUGCAACUCCAUAAGAACCAGCAGCCAAUCUUGCUCUCGGCAGUUACUAGGGGCGUUUAACGGACCUCAUCUAGGUAUCGUUUCUGGGCGAGUGUAGAUCUAGAUUGAUUCAGUCUGGUGUUUAGGGAGCAUUUGUUGAAGUUUUUGUGCAUAGUUGG